AUGACUCCUCUUUCUUAUGACCUCAUAGUUGUCGGGUCUGGCUUCGCCGGAUGCAUGACAGCCCUCAACUUUCUAGAAACCUGCCAACGGCUGAACAAACCCGGUCGAGUUGCUAUCGUUGAGGCCGGCAAGGAGGGCGAACGGUGUGGUGCUUCACGCUGGACGGGUGCUUUCCUUCGUCUGGGCCAUGACCUCGCCUUUGAUGAGGAUUGGGUCCAAGAAAUGAUCCAGGUCAGCAACGGCCAGGCGGAUGUGGAAUAUUGUCGAAAGCUGGCGCGUGAGGCAAAGACUACCGCUGAAUAUGUCGAGAAGCACGGAGUCAACUUUGUUCGGCACGAAGAAAAGAACGUCCUUCUCGAAUUCAAGACGAAUCAGUAUUUUGUCAUGCCCGACGGAGGCGGAUGGGCUAUUAUACAAGCUCUGAUGAAGCAUAUCGAGUCAUUCGACAACUGUGCCAUCCACUGGGAAACGGAAGCUCGGUCUCUGUUGACAGACCAUCAGGGCCGAAUCAAUGGAGUGCAGGUCCGCCGGUCCAACGGACUGCUGGACAACCUCUACGCCCCCGACGUGAUGCUCGCCAGCGGUGGCUUCGAAGGCAACCGGGAGAUGCUCGCCAAGUAUGUCGGGCCCAAGACACACGAGCUGCAACUGAUCGCACCGGGGCUCAAGUACAAUCGUGGCCAAGGAUUGAAGAUGGCUCUGGAUGUCGGUGCGGAGACUGCCGGAUCCUUCGAUGGCAUUCACUCCGAGUUGGUCGAUACUCGUGCGACAAAGCCCGAUGCAGUCAUCUGGGGCCAUAACUACGGCAUCGUGAUCAACGACAGCUGCGAGAGAUUUUAUGACGAGGGAAAGAGACACCUUUUUGCCACCUUUGAAAUGAUUGCCGUGGAGCUCUGGCGCCACCACCACAACAAAGGCUUCUUCAUCACCGACGCGACUACCAUGGACCGGUUCCGUCCCGGCUGGGUCUAUCAAACAACCGAUCAAGAUCCGAUCCAGGCCAGCAGCAUCGCAGAACUGGCCGGGAAGCUGGGUGUGGAACAAGCAAAGCUUCAAAAAACCAUCUCAGAGUACAAUGCAGCCUGCAAUGACCGGCCAUUGGACCUCAUGAAGCUCGAUGGCAAAGCGACUACCGGACUCAAGGUCAACAAGUCGAAUUGGGCGCAUCCGCUGGAUCGCCCGCCCUUCUAUGCCUUUCCUCUCACUGCCCAGCUGACGUUCACCUACGGGGGUGUCAAGGUCAAUCUGGAUUCCCAAGUCGUGGCAACCAACGGUGCCCCGGUUCCUGGUCUUUGGGCGACUGGCGAACUCACCGGUCUAUACUACAACGAAUAUCCCCCCGCCACUUCAGUCUUGCGGUCUUUGACGUUUGGUCGGUUGGCAGGCAUCACCCUCGCACAGAGACUCCACAGUCCCCAGGGACGAGCAGUUCUCUGA